ACAACAAGAAGAAGGGACGGGAAAUGCAACAUCAGAUGGAGCCGGCGGUAGCAGUAGUGAGAUGGGCUGACAACAAAGAGAUGGACCAACAUCAGCAUCGAUACUUAACAAUAAGUCAAUCGAGAGGGUAAGAGAAAGAUAGGGGCGUUGGAGUUGCGGGUUCGUGGAGUAGCGCCUUUACCAUUGCAGAUCCAGUUUGCACCUCCUCAAGCCAGUUUGAAGUCCAACAGUGUUGGAAAACAGAAAAGGCAUGAAGCCAUCAAGCAGGAAAGAGCCGAGGCCAUCAUGAGGAGCAGCAUCUUUGAUCCUUCUAUUGAUGAGGUGUCUGAGACGUUCCUGGUGUAGCUUCUCCGCCUCUCCUGGCGGCCUUCCUCGUUGCGUACUCGCGGCGAUCACCAGCGCAGUCUCUUCCUCAAAAUCGCUGCAACAAACCGGAGAGGUUCAUGCACGGAUCCUCGUCUUCGGCCUCCACCACCUGCCAUUCUUCUCCGGCAAGCUUAUUGUUAGUUAUGCCAAACAUGGGAACCCUCACCUCUCCCGGCUGGUUUUCAAGCAGGUCUCUCCAACCACCAAUAUAUUUCUAUGGAAUUCCGUUAUUCGAGCCUUUACCAACAACGGGUAUUUCUCGGAUGCUAUCGACACUUGCUGCCAGAUGCAUAAUUUGGGCCUUGUGCCGGACCGGUUUACGCUUCCCUCUCUCAUAAAUGCUUGUGCUGGCUUAAUCGAUUUGGAAACGGGCAAGAAGCUGCAUGAGAGGGCGAUCGCAUUGGGUUUUGAAUUCGAUAUUUAUGUCGCCAACUCUCUUAUUGAUAUGUAUGCAAAAUGUGGCAGUUUGAAUGAUGCUCAUAAGUUGUUCGUUAAAAUUCCGCAGCGUGAUAUCGUUUCAUGGAAUGCUCUCAUCUCUGGCUACGCAUCAAACAAACAGUGGGAUGAGGCGUUGCUUCUCUACUAUGAAUUUAGAUUGUCCAGGUUGGAGCCUGAUUUGUUUACGGUGGGCAGCGUUUUGCUUGUUUGUGGUGGUGCAGGCGAUCUGCUGGAGGGUCAACUGACGCAUGGCAUUGCUCAUAAGAUUGGAAUCGAGCGGAACAUUUCAGUAGGCAAUGCUCUUCUCUCUAUGUAUGCCAAGUGCAACAGUCUGGACGAUGUCUGCCGUGUUUUCUAUGGGAUGCCUCAAAGAGACAUAGUUACUUGGAACACAAUGAUUAGCACAUGCAUCCAAUUCGAAUUGUUCCGUGAAGCUAUUGAACAUUUCCGGAGGAUGAUUUUAAGAUUUAAACCAGAUUUGUUGACUGUGACAACUGUCCUUCAUGCAUGUGGUCACCUAGAGGAUUUGGAGCAGGGGAAAUCUGUUCAUGAGUACUUGGUGAGGAAUGGGUAUAAGCUUGAUGCUACGUUGAGUAACGUUCUUAUUACAAUGUAUGGAAGAUGUGGAUGCCUGAAGGCUUGUCAAGAAGUAUUCGAUCAACGGAUGGAGCCGGAUUUGGUCGCAUGGAAUGCUCUGACUAAUGCGUGCAUCCAAUGUGGAUAUUACCGUGAGGGGAUGCAGAAUUUCAAGCGGAUGAAAAGGAUAGGAAUGGAACCCGAUUCUGUCACAUUUGUCACACUCCUUCAAGUGUGUAGCAAUUUCGUGGACUUGUUUUUGGCGAAGAGCGUGCACAGUUAUAUUAUAAAAGCUGGGUUUGAAAAUGAUCUGCUUAUUUCCAAUUUGAUCAUCGAUACAUAUGCAAAAUGCGACAGUGUGCAUGACGCGAUGACAAUGUUUGAGAUCGCUAAGGUGAAGGAUGUGAUGUCUUGGAAUGCAAUCAUAUCGGGCAGCAUUCAAUGUGGGUCUUGCAACUUAGGCUUGACGAUAUUCAGAAAAAUGAACACACGGGGGGUGUUAGCGGACAAGGUAACAAUGCUUGGUAUUUUGCCUGCUUUUUCUUUUUUGGGCUCCAAGAGACAUGGUAAAGAGGUUCACGGUUUUAUUUUCAAAGUUGGUCUUGAUGGGAGUGUUCCAGUCAACAAUGCCAUGAUUAACAUGUACUCGAAGUGUGGGGAUAUGAAGUACUCUUUUCAAGUAUUUGCUUCAAUAAAAGAGAAAGAUGUUGUGACUUGGACAACUAUGAUUUAUGCAUAUGGAAUGCAUGGUUUUGGGAAGAAGGCUGUGGAAACUUUUACGAAGAUGGAGGAGAUCGGUGAGGAACCUGAUAGUGUUGCAUUUAUUGCUGCAAUGUACGCAUGUAGCCAUGCUGGUUUGGUAGAUGAAGGUUUGAGAUUGUUCAGUCGAAUGCAAAAAUGUUACCAGAUAGAACCCAAGAUGGAGCAUUAUGCAUGUGUGGUUGAUCUUCUAUCUCGAUCAGGGAAACAAGAAGAGGCGGAAAAAUGGAUAUCUUCCAUGCCCUUGGAGCCUGAUGCAAGUGUUUGGGGUGCUUUGCUCAGCUCUUGCCGGAAGACUGGUGAAACUAAAAUUGCUGAACGUGUCUCAGCAAAAAUUUUGAACUCCAGUGAUUCAUAUGAUGCUGGGUACCUUGUUCUGGUUUCCAACAUGUAUGCUUCUAACAGAAAGUGGAAUGAGGUUUCAAAAAUCAGGAGAAGAAUGCGAGCAAGGGGAUGGAAAAAAAUUCCAGGAUAUAGCUGGUUAGAGAUAAAAAAUAGAGUUUAUGUUUUCGGAAAUGGAGAUAGACGUGGUGAACAGUCGGAGGAGCUUUACUGCUUAUUAGAAAGACUAGGAAAAAUGAUGGCAAAGGAUGGUUAUAUUGCUGACGAAAGAUUUGUUCUACAUGAUGUUGAGGAAGAUGAAAAGGUUGAUAUGCUAUGUGGCCACAGUGAAAGGCUGGCAAUAGCGUUUGCUAUACUGAACACCACGCCAGGCACACCAUUAUUGAUAAUGAAGAACUUGCGUGUCUGUGGAGAUUGCCACACCGUAACUAAAUAUAUUUCAAAGAUCUUCCAGCGGGAGUUGACGGUCAGAGAUGCAAAUCGUUUCCACUAUUUCAAGCAGGGGACCUGCAGUUGUGAUGAUUACUGGUGAUAGUCUUGGCUAUUCAUUACAUGCAAUGCAUGAUGGAGAGAAGUAGGGAUCACGACAGAACUCUUUCUCAGGAUGUAGGUUUGGGAAGGCUGGAAAGUAGCAAGAGGGAAAAGAAAGGAGUGAAGAACUGCCAAAACAGAUAAAAGGAUUAGGAAAAGCGGCCCAAUGCCAUUUCUGUUUCACACUCUUGGAUGUCCAUUUUAAAGCUUUCUGAAGACAAAGCGUCACUGAAGGUGGGAGAAGAUGAAUGGACCAACUCUAGCAUCGGUCUUCACCCAUUCUGGGAUAAGCCAAAUCUAAAUCUUCUGCUAGAUCUAUUGUGUGGCCCCUGUUUCAGAGUGCUUUUUUGUCUUCAGUAGCAUAACAUGUUAAAAGAAACCGUAGGUAGAGGUUAUUGAUUCUCCAUUUGCAUGAGAGUGGACCAUCCUGACACUUCAUUUCAGGAUCCACGCAAAGCGGUGAUGUUGGUAGUGAGUCUACCUCUGCUAUUGAAUCUUCACGAUUGAAGUCCCAUAAUAGUAGAUCUAUUCAUGUUACCAGUUAUGUACCUGCAGGAAGUUAUGGUUUCUCGCUUUUUUCACUUCCAGUCUAACAUUGACAGACACUAGGAGAUCUGAUGCAGACCUUCCCACCAGGAGGCUGAGAACCAGGGCCAGCACGGCCAAGCAAGGCCAAGAGAGUCAAGCGCCAUCGGCGAGCAUGUUGAAAAGCAUAGAUCAGCUAAGGGAGACUAACAUAGAACUUGAAGUUGAUGCAGCGGGUGGUGUGGGCGGAGCAUCAUCAGCGGAGCACGGGCAGCGGGCUGAAGACUUCAAGGCGGAGCAGGCACGGGAAUUAGACCUAGAUCCGGUUAUAGCGAGUUCGAACCCUGAGUCUAGUCUUGACCCAGUCCACGCGUGGCAAGCCUAAGGCCGAACUUAGGCAAGUUAUAUGGCUGAACCCGUGAGGGAGUUAUAUGGCUGAACCCGUGAGGGAGAGGUCAAACUCACUAAACAUUCGAGACGUCUCGCCUCGAUCUCCUUUUAUGCUUUUGCUUUAUAGUUGAGUCGUUUCAUUUCAGCAAGUGUCUCGGUUCACAUGUUAAGAACCGGUUUUAUUUCAAAUACUUAAACUCUUUUGUAAGUCUUUUUUCAUUAUGCAAUCAAGAAUUAGAAGUUGAGUUUUUUCGUGUGAA